CGCUGGGCUCUGCCGCAGCUUGCUCGCGCGCGCGCUCGCCGGGCUCCCACAGUAGCCGCGCUCUCCCCGCUCGCGCCGGACCGCCCCGCUCCUCCUGCUCCCGCCGCCGGUCGCGGCAGGGCACGGCCGCAGCAUGCCGCAGUCCGCGGCCCCCGCCGCCCUCGGGGCUGCCCUCCUGCUCGUCCUGCUGGCUACAGACUCCUCGCCGACCGUGCUGCUGAGUGCCCCGGAGGCUGCCCAGUUCUUGCGGCAGAGGCAGCGCCGAGCCUACCAGAUCUUCGAGGAGACCAAGCAAGGCCAUCUGGAGCGGGAGUGCGUAGAGGAGCUGUGCAGCAAGGAAGAAGCCAGGGAAGUGUUUGAAAACGAUCCCGAGACGGACUAUUUUUACCCGAAAUACUUGGCUUGUAUUGAGAAAUUUGGGUCACCGUAUACAAGAAGUCCAGAUUUCCUUACAUGCGUUCAUAAUUUACCAAAUCAGUGUUCUCCUUACCCUUGCCAGAAAGAGGGGACUGAAAUAUGUGAAGAUCUAAAGGGUGACUUCUUUUGUCAUUGCAGACGUGGCUGGCGUGGGCGAAAAUGUGAACAAGAUAUUAAUGAAUGCAGUGUGCAGAAUGGUGGCUGUAACCAAGUCUGUCUCAACAACCCAGGCAGUUACCGCUGUUCGUGCUAUAGUGGCUAUGCUCUUCUUAAAAACAAUAAAAUAUGUGAAGACAUAGAUGAAUGCACAGUAUCAACAGGCAUCUGUGGAGAAGCUCUUUGUAAAAAUUUAAUAAGCUCGUAUGCAUGUCUGUGUGAUACAGGCUACAGAUAUGAUAACUUAAGCAAGUCUUGUCAAGAUGUGAAUGAAUGUGAAGAAAAACUUUGUGAGCAAACCUGUGUCAAUUCACCAGGGAGUUACACCUGUCACUGUGAUGGCAAAGGGAGAGUUAAGCUUUCCCAGGACAUGAACACUUGUGAGGAUAUUAUACCUUGUGUGUCUUUUGCUGUUGCGAAAAGUGUUAAAUCUCUAUACCUGGGGAGAAUGUUCAGUGGUACGCCUAUUAUCAGACUACGCUUUAAAAGGAAACAGCCCACAAGACUUGUGGCUGAAUUCGACUUUAGAACCUUUGAUCCUGAAGGUAUCCUUUUCUUUGCUGGAGGCCAUCAAGACAGCACGUGGAUAGUCUUAGCUUUGCGCAACGGACGGUUAGAAUUGCAGUUGAAGUACAAUGGAAUAGGCCGUGUGACCAGCAGUGGGCCAGUUAUCAACCAUGGCAUGUGGCAAACAAUCUCUGUUGAAGAACUGGAGAGAAGUUUGUUUAUAAAGGUCAACAAGGAUGCAGUUAUGAAAAUAGCUGUUGCAGGAGAUCUGUUUACUUCGGACAAAGGACUGUAUCAGCUGAACUUAACAGUGGGAGGCAUUCCUUUUAAAACUAAAGACCUUAUUCAACCCAUAAAUCCUCGGCUGGAUGGUUGCAUGCGGGCAUGGAACUGGUUGAAUGGUGAAGAUACUACUAUCCAAGAAACAAUAAAGCUGAAUGACAAGAUGCAGUGCUUCUCGGUGGCAGGACGAGGAUCAUUCUAUCCUGGCAGUGGUUUUGCUAUAUUUAAUUUCAAUUAUAUGCAACCAUCUGCUGGAAAUGAAGCUGAAAGGAAUUGGGAAGUAGAAGUAAACACUGUAAUUCGGCCAGCAGCAGACACCGGGGUACUGUUUGCUCUGGUCGGUGAAGAAGCUUCAGUCCCUUUAUCAUUGGCUCUGAUUGACUAUCACUCUACAAAGAAACUUAAACAACAGUUCAUUAUCUUGGCCACAGAGAACACAGUUGUGUCCAGAUUGGCAAUAAACGUUUGUGAUGAUCAGGAACACUCCGUGGACAUCUUCAUCAGCAAGGGGCAGUUAUCGCUCACCGUGGAUGGGACUGCAGGACAGAGUGAAUUAAGCCAUUCCCAGCUACAGGACAGUCUAUUUCUUUUGGAGGGCUACCUGCAGUCAUCUGUGAAGACAUAUGUGGGAGGACUGCCAGAUGUUCCUGUCACUUCCACUCCAGUCACUGCAUUCUACCAUGGCUGCAUGACUGUGAAGAUGAAUAAUAAGGCACUGGACUUAGAUGAGGCUUUUUACAAGCACAGUGACAUCACAUCACAUUCUUGUCCUCCAACUGAGACUGGUCAAUAGGUCUUUUCCUACAUCAAUAUCCCAUCCUUGCAACUUGAAGUAGCUCUAAAGAAAACAGCACACGCUUGGAAGACAUCUGACACUUCUUACUCAUUGGAGGAACAAAACCCAGUUUAAGCACUGUUCUUUUCAAAGAGCACCUGCUAGCAAAAUAGUUUCACCUCUAGCAUUUGUGUUAUUCCUGCAGUACUUCCCAAACAAAUAGCUGUGUGGCAUAUGUGAGUCACAAAUCUGUGUAACCUUUGUUAAUGCCAAUGGUUAUAUUUAUAGUGCCAGAAAUAUCUUGGAUACUGGAAAUAAGAAUUUUGUGGUAUGAGGUGGUACUUUGUAAUUCCACAUUCGAUAUUAUAUGAAAGGGACUAUAACAGCGUACUGUGCUUAAAAAAGUUAAUUGAAAUAAUUGACAUACAUGGGAAAUACAUCAUUUUGAUGCAAAAAUUGCUCCAAUUAUUUGUGUGUGUAAAGACUUUAUACGCCUAUUUUAUGUGGACAAAACGUUAUGAUUUACAGUAUAAAAAUAUGGAGAAUAUAGGAAUGUGUAUUAUUUCUAAAGUGAUGACAUCUGUAAUGCUAUACAGUGGUGCGCAGACUGGGGGGGAAGG